AUGUCAGAUGAUGAGAUUAAGCAGUUGUGCUUAAUGGAUAUAGACAAGAUCUUACAUUCCUAUGGUAAAACCUUGAAAGACUAUCCUCUUAUGCCUUUAGCAACUAAAGUUGAUAGUUCUUUGUUAACCGAAAGGGUUAUUAGGGAAGAGCUAAACUUUAACAGGGAUGAUUUAAAGAAAAAUACCCCAUACAUGUUAGCCAUCGCAACACCUGAGCAGAAAUAUGCAUUCGAUAAAAUUGUUACAGCUGUGUAUUGUGAUGAAGGGCGGUUUUUUCUUUGUGGUGAUAUAGUGUUAAACGUUGCUUCGAGUGGUAUUGCAUCUUUACUUCUUCCUAAUGGAAGAAUGACACACUCAAGGUUCAAAAUACCGCUGAAUAUAACUGAGGAUUCUGUAUGUAACAUCAAACCUGGUUCCCCUCAAGCAAUGUUGCUGUUGAAAGCCAAACUUAUAAUUUGGGAUGAGGCUCCAAUGGUUAGUAGGUACUGCUAUAAAGCUCUUGAUAAAUGCUUGGGUGAUAUCAUGAGGUGUUCUCCAACAUAUAGCAAAGAUUUGCCCUUUGGAGGAAAAUUGGUUGUACUAGGUGGAGACUUUAGACAAAUUCUUCCUGUCAUUCCACGAGGAUCGAGACAAGAUAUCGUUCAUUCAACCGUGAAUUCGUCUUACCUUUGGAAGUGUUGUUAG